GUACUUGCUGUGUAAAUGCGAGUUGUGUCGCUACAUGCUCAGGCAACGGACCUCGAGUGGCGCACGGUCGCGUGGGGCAGUGGUGUGCAGAGCGCAUGCGGGUUGGGAAAUGCGCAUGUGUGGUGUGUGGCGGUGGGGGUUGAGCCGGCGGGGCGCAAGGCGCGUGCGCCGGCCGCCAGUAAUCCGCGCCGCGCCAUGGUGUCCACACGCUCGCUCGCCGUGUUCCUAGUCGCUCUGCUGGCGCUGGCCGCCGCCGCUCCCCCUGCGCCGCUGCACCGCCAGCGCCGACAGCUCGCCGACGACGACGCGCUGCAGCCGCUUCAGGACGCCGAGGGCGACGAGCAGGCCCGCGAGAAACGCAAACUGGAGGGCGCCACGCAGGCCAAGUUUGGCAUCAAGAACGCCGUGCUCGGCUUCGUGUUCGGGAAAAUCAAUUCGUUGAUCGACGCGAAGACGCGGUUUGUGGAAUCACUCGACCGGCAAAACAUCGAGCUGAACAAGCAAUACGGCAUCGAGCCGCCGUCGAGCGGUGGGCUGGCGUCGCUGAGCGGCGUUGUGGGCCAGGUGAUCGGGCCCAAGCUGCAGCUGCUGGGGCCCAAGAUCCAGGCGGUGACCGGACUGCUGGGCGGCGCGUCGGGCGGCUCCGGCGGCUCAGGUGGGAGCGGGCUCGGCUCCAUCCUGUCACUCGUCACGUCGCUGUCGGGCUCCUCGUCCGGCGGCGGCGGGGGCACCGUUGAGACAGUUGACUCCUCCGAGGAGGACAGCUCGUGAUUGCCUCCAGUCUGAACACGCCAUGGGCCUCCCCUCCCCACGUUCGUCAGGCGCUCGCUCACACGCCGCUCACGCCUAGUGAGCGUUCGUAACUAAAUGUAGAUCCGUUCGGCUCAAUCAUUAAUUAAAUUAUGGUUUCCUAUUAGGAACUGGCGUCAUACAACAACCGCAAUCUUGCGAAUGUAAAGAGGCUAUUAAUUAUUGUAAUUAUGGUUUUAGAAAACGCUCUCUAGGAAAAUUUAGCUUCUUAGCUUCUUGUUUUCGGUGAAGAUUAAGAGUCUCUAUGCGGCGGAUGUGUGACGACAGCGCUAUCUCUAGGAAGCCCUAUUCGAAGCGGUCCGUAGGCGCGGCACGUCGGCGCCCUACUCAGGCAGCGCGUGCGGACGUGCCGCUCCAACCCGCCGAGCCGUGGCGUGUUCCGGCGCGGCCGUGUGUACAGUCCGCGCCCAUAGCUUCCCUCCCCAGUGCUCGCUCGAGUUGCAGGCGAACGCCACUCUUUCUCUCUCUUCAUGCUCAAUGUAUUUAUAUAUGUGUAUAUUGUAAAUAGUAUUAGGUGUGCGAUGGUGAUAUUAAACGUUUACUUCACAA